AUGGAGCUUAUCCAUUCACUCAGGUCCGCUUUCUUUCCUCUCCCUGGGCUGCGCUCUUCUCGGGAGCUCUUCUUCACCCCAAAGCUCUCCAUCGUCCUCCUCGCUUUCCCCGCACCCCCGCUCCUCCUCCGACACCAGCACUGCCAGUUCCUCUCCUCAUCCGGGGAUCCGGCACCGAAAGGCUCCUCCACGCCUUCCUCUAGCCCCGCUCUGACGGGAUGCGCUUCACCUUUGAAAACAGCGGCUGCUCAGUUUCUGCCUCCCUUUGUUUUCUCCUCUUUGCCCCUCCACAAGAAGGCAGCCCGGAGCCAAGACGCAGUACGAGGGCACAUUCAGCUUCCUUUUCUGCCUUUUCCCUAUGACCCCCUUAAGGAACCGAUUAGCCCCAGUGGCGGACGAACUGACGGCAAUCACUCGAUUUCCUUCUUCGCAGUGGCAGAGGCUGAGGGUUUCCCGCCCUGUGCACAGUCUAGCUCUCCUUUCGGACUUUGGAGUUCCGGGACGGACGGACGGACGGACGGAUGGACGGAGAGGACUCCAGGUGCUCCCGGAACCGCGGAUCCACGGGCCCAAGAGAGGGAGCUGAGCAGAAGGGGACGCCGGGAGAAUCCCUGCUCUUUCCCCGCGCCUCUAAGCUUUCUGGCGCUGGAAGACAUCUCCGCCUCGGGUGGUCGCCGUGGAAACGAGGCUCUGGAAGCACCCAAGUCAGGAAGUAAGUCUUUUCCAAGCCUGCCUGCCUUUGGCUCCGAAGGUACCCUGAGAACGGCUUCGCCUCGUUUCAUCCUCAGAAGCCCCGAGAGGUAGCCGUGGGCUCGCUGGCCCUCUGGACCCUUUGCCAGUCCUGCCCCCUGGAGGGUCUCUCUUAGAGAGUUUUUCUGGAUUACUGCGCAGGUGCCAAUAAACUUGGCCCUGUGGUCUCGGAGCCUCCAGAUGAGAACGCGUUUGACUUGUUGACUCCCAACGGGCCUUCUGAACUCGAAAAUGCAAUGAGGAAGUGAUUUGGACUAACGCGAUAUUCUUGGAAGCCUGGAAAGCGUUCAAAGAACAUCACAAGAUGCCGUUUCCCCUUGAUUUUCCCAUUUGGGGAUGAAAAUUCAGGUCAUCCAGAUGUGCUACAAUGGCAAAUGUCGAAGGAAAAAUGCUUUGCAAAGCCCCAAAUGCCAAGAGAGGAGCGUUGGGCUUGGAGUCAGAACAUCUAGGCAUACCGGCCAGCUCUUUCAUUAGUCUUUGGGAAACUUACCACAUGAAACGAUGGUGCACGGGUAUUGAAGUUUCCUUGGAAGAAGAAGCGGUCAUUUUUGGAGUUUCUUCC